AAAAAUGAACUUGAUCAGGAAGUUAGCAUCCGGAAAAAGGAACAGAUAUACCCAAGAUCAUUACAACCUGGAUAUUACUUAUGUGACGCCUAGGAUUAUUGCAAUGUCUUUUCCUGCUUGUGGAGUGGAAAAAAUCUAUAGAAAUCCCAUUUGCAAAGUUGCCAAGUUUUUACAAGAGAAACAUGGUGAUAAUUAUUUGGUCUUUAAUUUCAGCGAUAGAAAAUAUGACUACUCAAAGUUUGAUUACAGAGUCGAAUCUUAUGACUGGCGUGACCACCAUGCUCCUAAAGUUGUUGUCCUCUUCGAAGCUUGCAAACGCAUGUAUGACUUUUUGCAACAAAAUGAUGACAAUGUUGUAGUAGUACAUUGCAACGCUGGCAAAGGAAGAACCGGAACAUCCAUCGCUUGCUUCCUUAUGUACUGAGGACUUGCUGGUUGCUCAGCUGAUGCCAUCAACUAUUAUGGAUGGAAACGAUUCAGCACCGGCCGAGGAGUCAGCCAGCCAUGUCAACUUCGUUACAUCCACUACUUCGAGGCUGCUCUGAAGCGUGAAGUGUUGUGAUCAGUUCCCAAAGUCUUGGAAUGUAUCAUCAUCAAAACCAUUCCUAAAAUCAACCAGAAUGGGUGAAAGCCAUAUGUCGACAUUUGAAACGGUGACUACCAGCUGGUUCAUUCUACUAAGAACUCUAUCAAUCUGAAAAAGUAUAAAGCUGGACUCACAGAAACCGAAGAGUUUAACAUCAUCCGCAUUGUUCCAGACAAGAAGAACUUGGUGAUUGCUGGUGAUGCCCACUUCUUCAUUAAACACAAAGGGCCGAUAAGCACUUCAAACAUCUGUAGAUUCUCAAUCAACACAGGGUUCGUUGGCAACGAGCUGGUGAUUCCUCGGAACCAGAUGUCGCCGGACUCAGUGCUGGUUAGCAAGAAGUUCCACAGAAAGUUCCAGGUGACUGUGGUCAUGCGAGAUUACUGUAGAGAGUGUUCAUCACAGACAGUGCUGGAAGAUCUUUGUGAGCGAUGCAAGUUGAGGAUGCAGAAGCCCAUCAAAGAGUGGAAUAGAGUGAAUCAUAUUAUUGAACAGCAUACUCCUCGCCCAACUAAAGAGACUGGAGAACGUCUCUGAUUUAACACAGUAGAUACUUGUAAAAGAUGCAAAGAUGAAAUUGAAAAGGAUUCUAAUCAGCAUCUCAAAUGCCCCCACAUCGACUACGAUGAGGUCACAGGAAAUGAAGGAGCUGUCAAAGUCAACCAAUACUCAGUUAUAAAGGCUUCUGACAGCGAAGAAGAGCAAGCUAAAAUUGAGCCUACAGAUCAAACUGAACAUAAAGAAAGUUCUUCCAAAUUUUUUAAUACUGUCGAUUCUGCUGAACAGCAUGUAAAACCUCGGGAAGAACACAAGGACUACAAUGACGAUGAAUUUAGGUAUGUGAAAUCUAAACAAGAACGGAACACAAUGAGACCUAAAGAAGACAACUUAGAGGAAAAGAAAGAUCUCCCAGAGAACUACUUCCGAAGUGUCAACGAGUUUAGGGCAAGAGAAAAUGGAAAUCAAGUUUCACAACAAAAUUCAAAGUUUGCAAUGAAAAAUAUUUUGGAAGAAACUCCACAAAUUGAAGAACUCUCUUGUAGUACUAGCUCCAAUAACUCAGUAGUGAGCGAUUUAGAUUUUAGGCAGAAGACUGCCAGAAACAUCAGAGCAAUCAGGAGAUACACCAGAGAUCCUCGCAUUUGCAAAGACUUAGAAGUUGUCGACAAAUUAAGAAAAUUCAGUUUCGCAAUGAAAGAACAGAAUACCCUAGACCAUCUUGAGGAGUUUGGAGGCAGAGAGAAGAGCCAUUCCUUGCUUUAACUCCAUAUUUUUACACCAUUAAAUUCCCCUUCUAUC